CACCAAUCUGGGCUUUAUGGCAGAGUGGCCAGAAGGAAGCCUCUCCUCGGUGAAAGGCGCAUGAAAGACACUUGGAGUUUGCAAAAAAACAACUUAAGGACUCUCAGACUGUGAGAAACAAGAUUCUCUGGUCUGAUGAAACCAAGAUUGAACUGUGUGGCCUCAGUUCUAAACUGAUGAGGGAAAAUAUGAAUUUAAAUUAUUUUAGCAUAACACUGUAACACACAAAACGUGAAAAAAAGUAAGGGGUGUGAAUACGUUCCCAUUGCACUGUAUAUCUAGUUUAUUGGCUUGGUUUGGAUCAAUGUGGUUGUUUUUUUUUCAUACUGCUCAGAAUUAAUUUUACACGCUUUAUUCUAAAUGUCUGUGGAGACCCCAAAAUUUUCAAAUGACACAGGAUAUGUCAGGAUAAAUUGGAGAAAUUUGUAUAAAGUGAUGCACAAUUGCCUACAUCACAAAAUGUAGAAUAUUUUCAUGCUCUUGAAAGAUGCAGCCCAAAAAUAACACGAAGUUUAGUGUCUGAAUAUUGUACUCAUAUAUGUACUAAUAUUGUAAACAUCAUACUGAUACAGCAUGUUAUUGUCAAACAGCGUGCCAUUGAUAUAGAGAUUUAUGAUAUUAACAACCUCAAGUUGCAGCGGCAGUAAACAGUCUCGUGGUUCCGGGUUCCGUUCGUCCAUUCUCGCGAUAUCCUACGAGUUCACUUUCUUCUAGUCCAGCAUGGCCGCGCUGUAUGAGGGAUACACGUUGUGCGGACUUGUUCCAGCUCAAACUCUGUCAAAUUCAGGCAUUCAGGGCAUCGAACAGGAGAGGGACAGCGACCAUGUCGUCGUCACGGACUCAACCAGAUCUGUCACGCUGUACAAGGUGUCAGACCAGAAGCCGCUGGGCAGCUGGACUGUCAAACAAGGUCAAACUCUGACCUGUUCAGCAGUCUUCAACUCACAGACUAAGGAAUAUGUGGCCGUCUCAGACAACAAGGUGAUCAGAAUUUGGAAGGAAGAAGACAUCCUCUUAGAUAAGGCCUUCAAAGCAACUGUGACAUCCGAUGUCUGGAGGGUCCACUGUGUACAUGGAGGGGAGCCUGUGGUCCUGUUCCAGAGGGGAGCUGUGAGACUGCUGGACUCCCUGCUUUCUGCUCCCCAGCAGCCCAUAGAGGAAGUCCUGGUUCAAGAAGAGGCCAUCAGGUGGAGCACCAACAUAGUGGCAGAGACACAGCAGUUUGUCAUCUUCACAACUGAACAGAAAGGAGAUCAUUUCCUCUACCUGCAGAGACUGAACCCCAACACCCUACAGAGGUACCGGCUGGAGAGAGAAGAGCCUGGUCUCGCCCCACUCAGCUUCUCUGCCUCCUAUAAGGAUAAACACAUCUGCCUGCUUUAUCUCUACCCUAACGGCCAUGUGUACCAGAGUGUAGUCUCCGUGCGGGGCCUGGGGACUGAGGAGGGGACUCAGGCUCUUCCGCUUCCCCGUAGCCUGCUGCUGGGUCUUCCUGUCGGUGAGGGCCUGCUCGAGGCAGCAUCAGCCUUGGUCCUGGAUGAAGCCCAUGUAGCUGUUGUGGGGGUUCCACACCCCUCCGCCGGAGCUGGUAAAGACUUUCUGUGCAUCUGGAAUACCAAUUUCCAGACGCUUCAGGCUGGAAAAGAGAUGGCGGGUAAAAUCUAUGGGCAGCUCUGGUGUUAUUCCAACAAGUUAUUCAUUCCACAUGGGAAAACCCUGUCUGUUAUACCAUUUGUGUGCCCCAAAUCUUCCCUGGCCUCUGCACUAGGGAAACUAAGGCAAGCCAGAACUGAAGAGUCCAAAGCUCCAGCUUCUAUACCAUCUUGGAAUAACAUUCUGCACGGAGAGAAAGCUCAGCCCUCUAGAACAGUGGAGACCAGGAAGACGAGAACAAGCCGUAAGACUCAAUCAACACCUUGUCUGACAACUGACCAAGUUCUGGCCCUCAUUAAGACAGCACCAGUAGAAGAUGUCCAGAAAGAAGUGGAGGGGCUUCUAUCCAGAUCAGAAAUCCAGGACUCGCAGUCCUCAGUUGGGCAGCUAGUAUCAGUCCUUGUGUCUCGGAGCCUGGCUGAUCCAGCCUUCUACACCCCUAGCACCCUGGCACAGCUAGUGCACACUCAGUGCCUCUGCCAUAGUGUGUGUCCUGACCUUGUGCUGUUGGCCCUGGAGAGGAAGGAUUACUUUCUGUGUCAGCUCUGCUUGCAGUUCUUCCCUGACAUCCCAGAGGCUGUCACCUGUGCCUGCCUCAAGGCCUUUAUCAGUAUGCCAGACGUCGAUGCAGAGAAAGCGAACCUGGAGCCUGACAGCAUCUCCUUCAUGGAAACCCUAAUCUCUAGGGAGCGUGGCCAGGUUGGCUUGCAGAAUGGUUACAGCUCUACCUCCUUUGAGGAGAACCGCUUAGGCGCCCUCAGUGGAAGUGGUGCUGUCAUAAAAACCAAAGCAGAAGACAAGGAGAAGACCUCAACUCCAUCAGAACAGACCUGUCCAGUGGGAUUACACAAGGCCGUUCUACUAAAUGAGGUCCUGCAGACGGCGUACAGCGAAACUUUUCUCCUCCCACACCUGAAAGAUCUCUCCUCCCAGCAUGUUGUUCUUUUCCUCCAGUACCUGCAGUUCCUCUACCUAAAAUACUCCCAAGAUGCUUUCCCACAGAUGCAGGGAUUGAGAUCACCAAGUUUGACCCAGAUCAUGGAUUGGGUAUGCUUGCUGUUAGACGCCCAUUUCACAGUGCUAGUGAUGACUCCAGAGGCCAGAGGCUUACUGCUGAACCUCCACAGCUUUGUUAAGUCUCAGGUGAGACUGGUUUCUGAGCUUGGAAAAAUUGAGGGCAGCCUCCAAGAGCUCAAUAAGAUGAAAGUGAAGAAGGAUGUCGGACAGUACUCCAUUGAAGUCAUUGAGCUAUUUUAGAAUUUGUACAGAAUACUUUUUAAUAAACCUUUGAGCACACAGUCUCCUUCCAACUUUUCAACUGAAGUGGUUUCAGGGUUGUUUACAUGUCUCGACUGGUAUUACAAGUGCUUUUUGGCACCAAUGCUACCCUACUGAGGUCAAGUUGCAUGAGUUUUACUGUUAGACGUUGAAUUAACUUUCAGAUGCAUUUGAACUGUGUUUUAAAGUUGUUUAAGCCAGUGAAGAUUUGCCCAUUCAGAUAACAUGAAUUGCAUGAUUAUAACCCUCUGCUCAUAUGUCAACCUGGUUAUAAUAGGUUUGUAAAAUACAUGCAAAGGCAACCAAAUACAGCAGUA